GACAUGGCCCUGUAUUGCGGCGACAACUUCGUAUACUCGCAGCCCGCCGCCGCGCCUGGUGCGCCCCCGACCUCCAGGGCACCCUAUGGGCUGUCCGACUACGCCGCACCGCCCGCUGCAGCCGCCAACCCCUACCUGUGGCUCAAUGGGCCCGGCGUGGGCGGCCCAGCCUCCGCUGCCAGCUACCUAGGGGCCCCGCCGCCGCCUCCCGGAGCUGCGCCCGGACCCUUCCUGCAGCCUCCAGCCGCUCCGGGCACCUUCGCGGGCGCCCAGCGGGGCUUCGCGCAGCCCUCGGCGUCCGCACCCGCCUCGCCCGCCGGCUCGGCAGCCCCUGGCGAGCUGGGCUGGCUGUCGAUGGCCAGCCGCGAGGACCUGAUGAAGAUGGUGCGACCACCCUACUCGUACUCGGCGCUCAUCGCUAUGGCCAUCCAGAGCGCGCCUGAGCGCAAACUCACCCUCAGCCACAUUUACCAGUUCGUCGCCGAUAACUUCCCUUUCUACCAGCGCAGCAAGGCCGGCUGGCAGAACUCCAUCCGCCACAACCUAUCACUCAACGACUGCUUUAAGAAGGUGCCCCGCGACGAGGACGACCCAGGGAAGGGUAAUUACUGGACUCUGGAUCCAAACUGUGAGAAAAUGUUCGACAACGGAAACUUCCGUCGGAAGCGAAGGCGCCGCGCGGAGGCCAGCAGUAACCUUACUGUGCCUUCAGGGACAUCAAAAUCAGAAGGGCAGUCCUCAAGACUAAGAGUGAGUGGGAAGCUGGAAGGAGACAGCCCCUCUUCUAUCCUGAGGCCAUCUCAGUCACCAGAGCCUCCAGAGGGCACCAAGAGUACUGCCUCCUCUCCUGGAGCAUCCACCCUCACCUCCACUCCGUGUCUCAACACUUUCCUCAGCACCUUUAACACCUUAAAUGUCAACUCCAGCAGCAGCAUGGGCAACCAGCGAACCCUCCCAGGCAGCCGUCGCCACCUAGGAGGGACCCAGCUGCCCUCCAGCACGUUCCCCAACACCUCCGUUCCAGACAGUUCUCCAGACUCCAUGCAGCUGAGCACUGUGGGUGGAAGCAACCAGCUGUCUUCCUACUACAACCCUUUCUCUGGUGGCAGCAGUGGGGACCAGAGCAGCCCCUUCAGCAGCCCUUUCUACAACUUCAGCAUGGUCAACAGCCUCAUCUACCCCCGGGAUGGCUCUGAUAUAUAGACA